GAGAGAGACAGAGACGUACGUACUAUGGAGAGGCCCAAAACCACAUGACCCCAUCUGUGUGGUCGUUGUGUUGUGUUGGGAGAUAAGUUUUUGAUUCCAUAGCAGCAGCUUGUAUAUAUGUACAUGCAUGAAACCUCCUGCAUAUGCAGAAGCUUUUGCCUUUGAUCUUUGCAAGAAGUUACCAUGCCUUCGCUUUAUCGAUCCCUCUCUGCAGCUGCUGCUAUAUAGCUAGGUACCUUGCAAGAUCAUCCAUAGCUUUUCCUUUUCUCCCCCUCUAAAUCCAACUUUAUUCUCUCUUCCCUCCCAAAACUCACCCUUAAAAGAAGCCGAUUCCCCAUGAUCCCCCAUCAAACGCUCACAUUCUCUCUCACAAAGGCACACUCGAUAUCUAAGUAAUAUACCAGCAGAGCUGUAGGCUGUAGAUAGCUUACACCUGCAGUGCAAGUUACAACACAACACCAUACUUGCACUCGUACUUGUAGCACAACGGCUGAGCUCGGCCAUAUGGCUUCUUCGCCGUCCGACCUAACCCUAGACUACAAGCCCAAAGGCGGCGGCGGCGGCGGCGGCGGCGGUGGCACCUACGAGGUGAUCCCGAAGCAGCAGGCGCCGCUCGUCGACGGCCACCAUCUGACGACGGAGCAAACGACGCAGAAGCUCCGGGAGUUCCUCGCCCGCCUGGAGGAGGAGCGGCUCAAGAUCGACGCCUUCAAGCGCGAGCUCCCCCUCUGCAUGCAACUCCUCAACCACGCCAUGGAGGCGUAUAGGCAGCAGCUGGAGGCGUACCAGAUGGGGAGCCAGCAGGGCGCGGCGAGGCCGCUGGUGCUCGAGGAGUUCAUACCACUCAAGAACAUCGGGAUCGACGUGGCCAACAAGCCAGGGAACCCGUCGUCGGAGAAGGCGAGCUGGAUGGAGUCGGCGCAGCUGUGGAACGGCCCGGCGGCUGCGGACACGGCGGCGAACGGACCGCAGACGCCCAAGGAGAGGUCGGAGCACCCGCUGCCGAUUGACACGCUCGGUGCGCUUGACUCUGCGGGGCAGCGCAGCGGCGGCGCCUUCCUCCCGUUCGCCAAGGACAAGGCCGUGGCGGAGGGCGCCGUCGCCGCGGCGCUGCCGGAGCUCGCCCUCGCACCCGCGGAGAAAGACGCGGCCGAUGUUGACAGGAAGACGUACCUCAAUGCCGCCGGCAGCAACAACGACGGUGUCCUAGGCGCGCGGAGAGAAGUCCAGAACGGGGCAAAGCCGCCGUCGAACGCGCCGGAAGGGCAGGCAGCGCCGCCCCCGCCGCAGGCCCACCGGAAGGCGCGGCGGUGCUGGUCGCCGGAGCUGCAUCGCCGCUUCGUCAAUGCCCUCCAAAUCCUCGGAGGCGCUCAAGUGGCGACCCCGAAGCAGAUCCGCGAGCUAAUGAAGGUGGAUGGAUUGACCAAUGAUGAGGUGAAAAGUCAUCUCCAGAAGUACAGGCUGCAUACGCGGCGGCCGAUGCCGGCGCCGCCGACGCCGGGGACCGCGGCGCCGCAGCUGGUGGUCCUCGGGGGCAUCUGGGUGCCGCCGGAGUACGCGACGCAGGCUGGGGCCCCGGCCAUAUACGGUGCUCACCCCGCGACGCAACCGCACUACACGGCUGCGGUGGCCGCGCAGGAGUACUACCCGUCCCCCGCUGCGGUGCACCACCUGCAGCACCACGCAGCCGCCGCCAUGGUGCACCGUGCAGCUCCAGCCCCGUUGCCCCCCGCGUACAAGGCGGCGAUGGUGGGCUCGCCCCCGGAGUCUGAUGGGCGGGGUAGCGCGGGAGGCAGCGUUGGCGGCGGCAGGGAGAGGUCGGAGAGCAUCGAGGAGGAGGGCGAGGGCGAAGAGCGGGAGGAUGACGACGACGACGAGAUGGCGGCCGCCAAGGCCGACAGCGAGGAUGCAGUCGGUGCAGGAGUCAUCAAGUACUAAUCAAUAAAUUAAGUAGUACGUACAACUAGUAGCUAGCUAGCUUAAUCGCGAUUAAUCAAGUCUGCGAUGUUGCACCAUCGAUCGGGAAAAGUGAAUUUUUGUUCGCGCCCGCGCGGAGAACGGAAGCCGAUCGAUCUGAGCUUGCUCCACUCAACAAGUGGAGUGGAGUGAGAGUGUCCGAGAUUGUCUCAUGCGUGAUGUGAUAUAUGCAUUUGCGAGGGCUUUUCUUUUCUUUUUUCUCUUCUCCUUUCUUUUGGGGCUUGGCGUAUUGGUCUCUAUGUUUUGCUUUUGCAUUUUUUUCCCCCUGUUGACUAGUAAAUAUGUGGUGGAAAUAUGAUGUGUUAUGUAAACUUGGUUGGAGCUAGAGAUAAUCGAGAAAUGUGGACUGAA